GUACACAUAUAUCACAUGAUCAUAGCCUACUUAGUAACAAAUGUAAACAACAUUUUGAAUAAGAUGAUGAACCUGCCUGUAUUCAAUGAGAUUGGAUGAAGAUUUUAUAGGAGAUUGACGGUUCUUACCUUUGAUUAAAGCAAUACAACAUCACCAAUUAUCCUUUAAUUUCAAUGGAACCAAGAAUUACACGGCAAACUAUCAGAACAAUAUUACAAGACAACAUACAGCACGUUGACCACAACAAAGAGAUAAGUACAAAGGAUGCUUUAUCAUUAGCAAAUACAGGUGAUAAUAUGGCAUCGAACACGUCAUUUAAAAAAUCUGUGGGUUCGGCAUCCUCCCAACGAAAACGAAAACAUGAACGGAGGAUAAUAGAACAAAUAGCAAAAGUAGCUAAAGUAUCAGUGUCAUCUACAAACACAACUGAUAAAAAGAAUAAACAAAACUCGAAAGCUUUUGCAAAACGUAGGACAGGAGAAAAGAAAAGAGGAAAAGGGAGACCGUCUACACUUCAACAUCCUGGUCUUAACAAAAACGCAGUUACUGAAACAAAACAUGCUAAACCUGAAUUUAGAAAAAGACAGAAAAGUAAAGCUACAAGGGUAAAUCAACGAAAAUGGACACCUUUGAAAAUAACUACUGUAGCCUCUGAUAAAAUUACUACUGCAGCAUCUAAUAAAAUGACGAAAAGGCAAAAGUCGAAAUCCGUGAUUGGCACAAUGAAAUAUAAUACCCAAUUGCAGAAAAUUGACACACCCGAAAAAAACCCUAGAUCUUCAAAGCCUUCUAAAGAAAGUCGACGUUCGAGUUCAAUGCCAAAUGUACACGCAACUAAAUUUAAACAGAGAAAAGAGAUUGUUGAGCAAUCUCCUUGCAUUCGCCCAUUUCUUAGUUUAAAACCCGAUCUGGAUCGUGUAACCAAUAUAUGUUGUGUUGACCAAAACACCUUUUGGAUAGGAGACAUGUCUUUCGGUAGUAUCAUGAAAGUAAAAUACAAUUCAUUCAAAACUCUCACUAUUGUUAAAGUGUUUACACAUUCACAGUGUAAUUUUUAUGAUUUUUGCUAUGAUCGGAAGAAGGAUCAUAUUUUAUACACAGAUCGAAGUAAUAACAGCAUAAUGUCUAUUUCCUCAAAAUAUGAGAUGAAAAAGUUGAAAAGUGUGAAACCGUUGUAUCCAACAUGUAUAACAGUUACUCCUGAUGAUUUUAUUUUCGUCGGCCUCGUAGAUGAGUAUUCAUAUGAGGAAUCACGAUCCAGGGAAAUCGUAAAAAUGGCAAAAAAUGGAACUGUCGUUAUGCGAAUCCCAUCCAUUCAAGAUAAUCUGGUACGUUUUACAAUGCCGCACCAAAUUGCUAUUCAUCCAAACAAUGACAUAGUUGUAGCAGCUUCCGACAAAACUGGGGGAAUGAUGCUUAGCUUUGAUUCUGAAGGGCAACAUAAGUUUAAAAACACAGUUACAUCCCCUGGUGUAACUUUUACACCGUUUGGAUUUACAAUAUCUAAAGACGGCAAUAUUAUAUGUUGUAAUGAGGCAAACGGCGAGUUUUAUAUACUCAAUGCCAAAGGACAAUUAAUGAAAACAGUACAAUCAAAUUUGAUUGGAAUAUCCGUUAGACCGUGGAGUUUAGCAUUUGACACAUGUGGUCAUUUACUUAUUGGUACAGCAAAUACUCCUUUGAUCUACUUUGCAGAAUACUUUGACGGCUAAAUGUUAAGAGAGCCGAAUUGAUAAUGAAAAUUGGGAAUACAUUGUUUGUAGAAUAUCGUGUUAUCAAUUAUCAUAUUACUUCGUUUUUCAUUUUGUAUAUACAAAUGAGAUGUUAUUAUUACAAUUUAACUAAUGUGACUACAAAUAAAGUGUAAUUGUUUUAUCUAGCCAUUUUGUAACGUUAUGUUUGUAUGUGUAUGGAUAAUUAAUUUAAAAAAAAUCCGGAUCAAAGUAUGUUUAAAAAUAAUAAAAUACACUCGUAUUCAAUAUGUUAAAAGAAUAUAAUUUUGGCAUUUUGUGUGUUCGUUAAGUCGACGAAACUUAGUAAAUAAAUUAAAGAGGUUGGUUCCUGUCUGAGAAAAAUAGGAUUGCAAGGUAAAAUUAAUAAUUAAAAAAAAAUAUAUAGACUUGUCCGUGAAAGGUUCUUGUAACCAAACUUGCAAUUUUAGUCUUUAGCACAGAUUUAUCGUUAAUGUGCAUAAAGUGUACAAGGAUACGCAUGACUCAUUAUUGUCAAUAGGAAUGUAUUGCUUAAAUGGGACUGAUGCAUUGUAGCAAUAGUAAUCUAUUUAAUUUCAUAAUAUAUACAGUUGGAAAAAAGUAUUGCAACACCAAAUUGAAAUUGAAAUGAAAAAAAAAACACUUGUGAUUUGUUUGUGAUAUAAUUUAGUAAAUAUAACUAGUUAAACAUCAUUUAAGUAUCACCUGAGUUUAAUCAAUAAAUAUCGACUCGAUAAGUUUUUAUCUGCACAUGCAGCUACUGUACCCGUACACAGCAAAACAGAUGUUUUUAUCCUCCUUGUUUUCAACACUUUAAAAAAUCAAGUUUUUAAAUUUAUGUGAUUGACACCUUGUAAUGGGUCCUUGACAGCUCUUCACUGCAGCAAGAUGGCAGAUUAUCAGCAUAAGAGAAGCAGGGAUGUCGCUGUAACAACUGCACGUAUUGUUGGUCAUCACCAUUCCACUAUAAGUCGUUUUGAGAAUAAAAAUCAGACAAUAAACGCUGUUAAAGACCUUAUGAGAUAAUGAAGACCCCCUUUACCAUUUGCUAGAGAAAAUCGAGCAUACUAAAGGUUGAUCAGAAGGAAACCCAUUGCAUACAAGACAAUCAUAAAAAGAGAGUGGUGGCCAUACAAGAGCCUUUUAACAAGAACUGUUCAAGAUCAACUCAUCGUAACUGGUUAUCGUGCGAUAAGACCAUUUCGGAGACCUUUGUUUACGAACAGACACACAGUUUUCCGUAUCCAAUGUAGUGCAGAGCUCGCCAAACUUGGAAAUUAGCAUCGUGGAGGAAGAUCCAAUGUUCAAAUGGAAUUCGGUUCAUCUUCCUUGGCCCGAUCGUAGCCCGGAUUUGAACCAUAUCGAGCAUAUAUGGGAAACUAUUUGGCAGAAAGUGUACAAAAGGACACACCAGUUCAAACACAUCAUGAUAUAAACAAUGCCCUUCAUCAGAAAUGAUUGCUGCUACCUUAACAACAUAUUGGUCGAUUUGUGGCAGGAAUCAGCAGACGUUGAGAUGCGGUUAUCCGUUUGAUUGGAGGCUGCGCACAAAGUUCUAAUUCUUUGGCGUAUAACGACAAACCAUAAUGCGAACAGUUAUCUGAAGAUUAAUUUUGAAAUG